CAGUCACCUUUUGAGCUGAUUGGGUUGACGCCUGCAAGAGUAUAUCACAGCGUUUCCACUGAUGUUAUGUCAAGUUAGCUAACUGCUAAACCGAAUUAUGAGCAGCUAUAUUGAUAACGCCUUUCCAGCCGGAUAUGAAAGCGACGCCAGCAAUGAGGAGUGGGAUAUCGGUGCCUGCUCGGAUAUAAAAUCCCCUAAAGAGAAGAUUCUGGAUGCAGUUGUCCCAGAAGCAACGGAUGAUGUGUCAAAAUUGAAAAGAGCCAUAUAUGCAGGAGACAUAGACACUGUUGAACAGCUGUUGGACAAUGGGAUGGAUGUGGAGACCAGGCUUGGCUUAGAUUGGACUCCUCUGAUGUGUGCUGUCAGUGUGGCUAACUGUGACAUAGCCAAACUUCUCUUGGAUAGAGGGGCCAGUGCCAACUUCAGCAAAGAUCAUUGGACAGUGCUGAUGGCCAGCUGCACAUCAUCUGCCAGUGAAGAAAAACUUGCUCGCUGUGUGGAGCUUCUGCUAUCCAGAAAUGCUGAUCCCAACAUGGCCAACAGGUCUCAAAUGACCUGCCUGAUGUUGGCAGCCAGAGAUGGCUACAGCAAGAUCAUCAACCUGCUGGUCUCCCAUGGUGCUGACAUCAAUUUUAAGGAUAACAAUGGGUACACGGCGUUGUCUUUAGCAGUGCAAUAUGGCAGAGAGGAGGCAGUUUUAAAGCUCCUCCAACUGGGAGCUGACAAAACCCUACGGACCAAAGCUGGCAAAAGCCCUGCUGACCUAGCAGUGGUCUUCAAACACGCACAGAUAGGCAGGAUUCUGGCCUCUUCAUCCCACAUCUCUACCGCCCAGGCAUUCAGCUCCAUGGAGGAUACUCUGUCAAAAUUCUUCAAAACCAACUCUGAUCCUCCACUGUCAAAGGAAAGUUCUACCAAGCUGGAUGAACUUGAGCUCCUCCUGCAUGGCCUUGAUCUUGGAUACCUCAUUGACAUCAUGAUUGAAAAUAACAUCACCUGGAGCUACCUGUUGACCAUGGAGAAGGAGGACAUGGAGAAGAUUGGUAUCAAGGACCCAGAAGACCAGAAGAAAGUGCUGAAUGCUGUGCAGCAGAUGCACCUGGACAGAGUGGACCUGGACACACUGAACCAGCUGGGAGCUGCAGACAGUGGUAGUGAGGAGUUGCUCAACUUCCUGAUAAGUGUUAGACAGCAGUGCUGCUACCUGACAGAGACAGUUCAUGACGUCAUUAGCCGAUUUCCCCGCCAUUCCUCCCAGCUGGUUUUCUCACUGGAUCCCAACAAGGAUGCCCAGGCUAUCUGCAACCAGUUGAUAAUUCAGACUAACGACAUGCAGAAGGAAGUCUACUGCCUCCGAAAUCUGCUGUGCCAGAUGGAAGAGACUGAAGAUGACCAUCAUCUUCCACAACGUGGUUCCAUCAGCAACUGGAGGCUGUGUUCCCUUACCAGGAUGGCACUGAGCAUGGUCGGAGCUGCUUUCCUCCUGCUCUUCUACAAAGCUGCUGGUGGAAAGGUUAACCUGCAGAUGUACAGGAGUGUCUGCUGAACAGCCGGAAGGUUGUUUUGUUCUGUUUGUUAAUGAGUUUGUUCAAGUUUUUGAUGACUUUAGGUAUCAAAUUGUUUUAUGGAGGGAGCAAAACAAAACAAAAGAGAGGGUAUUUCUAUUUUGCUGCUGUACCAGUUUAUUUUUGUUACUUUGAUCAAACUUCUCUUUACUUAAAGUGGUGAAUUUUAUUUCAGUAUAUUUUAAGGAUUUAAUUCAAAGUUUCUUUUGAGGAACAAUCUUGUGACAUUUAACAAUGGAAUAAAAUUUCAUUGUUUUGAUUUUUAUUGCCUGCAAAAAUGUUGAGCUUUACUUUGAAAUUUGGAUUAGAAUUUAGACUGUUUGAUGUAUGUUAUUAAUGAUAUCAAUUUAGUUCAUGGAUUUAAAAAUAAAUGUAUAAAAAACUGUUUAAGGGCUAGAGGUCAUGGAGUUGAGGAUUCAUAUCAACCAUUAGAUUUAGAAAGGCAGUUAAUAUAACCCUUGUGUCUGUACUUUUGAUGUAAAGGUUAAUUUAGGAUGGGAUAAAGUUAAGCCCCCUGUUUAGACUGUACUGUAGCAGAAAAUCAAGCCUGAAUCUUUUCAGAGUUCAAGAAAGAAAAUUAAAAAAAAAAUCAGCCAUCUAUCACUUGAAGCUAUAGCUCAGUGUAUUGUUUUAUCCACAUGCAAACAAAAAUGUAAAAAUAACUAUACGUCAUACUGGGAAGUAUUUGCCUGAGCUUCUUUGAGGUAGAUGCAAUGGCUUUCCUAAGCUUUGUUGUCACAGGGAUGUUGCCAAGCAACAAGCAAUCAUUACCUUUAGGUGGAGGUAUGUAUUAAUCAAGCCAGAUACAACAUGUCAAUUAGUGAAGUUUGUAGACUUUUGUAGGUGUAAGGUAUUCUUUGGAAGCGUUUGUCAAUGUUUCAGUCUUUAUGUUAAGCCAAGCUAAUUACCCUAAACUCCAGCUUAUUUC